ACAGGAGAGACAAAAACACAAACAAAACGCCUUAGUCUAUACGUGUCACAAUCAACAUGGCUGAAGAACGCUGUUCUGACUAUCGGCUGUCCGCAGCAUCCCUCCAGAGUUACCUUCGAAAGACAUUCAAUGACGACACCAUUGCAGUCGAGUCUAUCAAUUCACACUAUGUAUUCAACCUCCCUGAGGGGUGUACUUUGACAGAGGCCCACAAGAAUGAAAUUAAUGCGCUGAGAGUGCAGCGCAGGUGAGGCUCUGGACAAGUUGCGCACCCAUAGAGGCACAGUGGUUGAACCGUACAUGUUUGUACUUGCUGUUGGUCACGGUGACUUGGCUGGUAUUAGGGGGGUAACUCGUGUAGGCUCACUGCGUCCUUGUAUCUAUGUAAGGGGUGGUCCGUAGAGUGUUAAAUACAAACAAGCGUGGACACUCAAAUCUUG